AUGUUUAGUGUGAAGAAGAGAAUUACUGAAUCAGAUAUGUGUUUCUCCAACUCAGUCCUGCAAGAUACUCCAGCUUCUAAAAGCAAUUGUCGUUUAAUUUCUAAGGUUACUGAUGAUUAUCAUGUUCCCAUCUUGCCUGGAUUACCAGAUGAUGUAUCAAAAUACUGUUUUGCUCUCGUUCCCCGAUCUAAUUUCCCCGCUAUGGGUGCUGUAUGCAAGCGGUGGAGGUCAUUUAUCAAAAGCAAAGAGUUCAUCACUGUUCGUAAACUAGCUGGGAUGCUUGAGGAAUGGCUUUAUGUCCUGACUGUGGAUGCUGAAGGAAAAGAGAGCCACUGGGAGGUUUUAGAUUGUUAUGGACAUAAACACCAUCAACUCCCACCUAUGCCUGGUCCUGUUAAAGCUGGUUUUGGUGUGGUGGUUCUCAAUGGGAAGCUUCUUGUCAUUGCUGGUUAUUCUGACGUAGAUGGAACGGGAUCCGUCUUAGAAGAUGUUUACCAAUAUGAUUCUUGCCUCAACAGCUGGAGCAAAUUGGCUAGCAUGAAUGUGGCACGCUACGACUUUGCUUGUGCCGAAGUAAAUGGCAUGGUCUAUGCUGUUGGAGGAUAUGGGAUGGGCGGAGAAUCUCUCUCUUGUACGGAAGUGUACAACCCUGAUACUGACAAGUGGACUCUAAUAGAGAGUAUGCGCCGACCAAGAUGGGGAUGUUUUGCCUGCGGAAUCGAGGGGAAGCUCUAUGUUAUGGGUGGGAGGUCAAGUUUUACUAUCGGAAAUUCAAGGAUUGUUGACGUAUAUAACCCUGAGAGACACACCUGGUGUGAGAUGAAAAAUGGUUGUGUUAUGGUUACAGCCCAUGCAGUGCUGGGUGAGAAGCUCUUUUGUAUGGAGUGGAAGAAUGAGAGGAAACUAGCAAUUUUCAACCCCACAGACAAUUCAUGGAAGAUGGUGCCAGUUCCCUUGACUGGAAGUUUGAGCAUUGGGUUUCGUUUUGGUGUACUGGAUGGAAAACUUCUGCUAUUCUCGUUACAGGAGGAUCCUAGUUACAAAACCCUGUUGUAUAAUCCAAAUGCUGCCCCCGGCACUGAAUGGCAAACUUCUGAGAUGAAGCCGUUAGGUUUAUGCCUGUGCAGUGUCACAAUUAAGGCAUGA